GGGGCGGUCGGGCGUGCGCCGCCAUCCGGGCACCUGGGCGAGGGGAGGAGCUCCCGGCUCCCCCUCCCUCCCUGGCCCCCCCCCUCGCACCGGCCUGCCUGCCUGCCUGGGCCCGGCCCACCCCCGAGUCGUUGCCGCCGGUCCGUUCCCGUCGCGUCCCGCAGACUGUCCGCUGGGCAUGGGGGAGCAGCAGCAGCGGCGGGAGUCGCCGGCGCUGGCUGUGGAGCGCUGAGCCUCCCGGCCGCCGCCGCCGCCGCCGCCACUGCCCGGUGGAGGAGAAGAAGAGAGCGGAGGCGGCUGGAGGGAGAGCGCGGAGGAGCCCCGGCGGUGGCGGCGGCGGCCAGGCCCAGCCCCGGAGACCAUGGCGGAGAACUUGCUCGACGGGCCGCCCAACGCCAAGCGGGCCAAGCUGAACUCGCCGGGCUACUCCGCCUCCGACCCCACAGAUUUUGGAACUCUGUUUGACUUGGAAAAUGAUCUUCCUGAUGAGCUGAUUCCGAACGGAGAGCUUUUAAACAGCAGCGGCAACCUUGUUCCAGAUGCAGCUUCCAAACACAAGCAACUCUCUGAACUUCUGCGGGGAGUCAGCGGCUCUUCUCUGAACCCGGGGAUUGGGAAUGUGAACUCCAGUAGCCCCGUCCCCCAAGGAGUCAAUAGCCAGGGUCCAGGGCAGCCCAACAGUGUGAAUAUUGGCAGCCUGGCUGUGAUGGGCAAGAGUCCUUUAAGCCAGGGGGACGCGGCUGCCUCAAGCAUGGCCAAGCAGGCUGCUGGCACGCCUGGGCCCAGCACCCCAGCGACGCAAGCCCUGAACUCUCAAGCACAAAAGCAAGCAGGGAUGGCGACGAGCAGCCCGGCCACCUCCCAGACAGGAGCUGGGAUAUGUAUGAACACAGGCUUCAGCCAGGCGCAUCCAGGUCUUCUCAACAGUAACUCUGGCCACAGUUUGUUGUCACAGGCUCAGCAAGGACAAGGGCAGGUAAUGAACGGAUCCCUUGGAGCCGCUGGGCGAGGAAGAAGCACUGGCAUGCAAUAUUCUGCCCCCACCAUGCAAGGGAAUGCAAGCAGUGUGCUGGCCGAGACCUUGACGCAAGUCUCUCCUCAGAUGGCAGGCCACACCGGCCUGAACACAGCCCAGGCAGGAGCCAUGGCAAAGAUGGGAAUGGCCAGUAACACAAGUCCCUUCGGGCAGCCAUUUAGUCAAACUGGAGGGCAACAGAUGGGAGCAUCAGGAGUCAACCCUUCAUUACCAAAUAAGCCAGGCUUGGCAAACAGCCUGUCUCCCUUUCCUGCAGACAUCAAGAGUGUUUCCGUUACCAGUGUGCCAAAUAUGUCUCAAAUGCAAACCCAGGUCCAGCAGGUGGGAAUUGUUCCAGCGCAGGCAAUGGCGACAGGACCCACAGCUGAUCCUGAGAAGCGCAAACUUAUUCAGCAACAAUUGGUUCUGCUACUUCACGCUCACAAGUGUCAGAGACGAGAGCAAGCCAAUGGAGAAGUGCGAGCUUGUUCUCUUCCUCACUGCCGCACUAUGAAAAAUGUCCUCAAUCACAUGACACACUGUCAAGCGGGAAAGGCCUGUCAAGUUGCCCACUGUGCGUCAUCACGUCAGAUAAUUUCCCACUGGAAGAAUUGUACACGGCACGAUUGUCCUGUGUGUCUCCCACUGAAGAAUGCCAGUGACAAGAGAAACCAGCAGCCUCUCCUUGGGUCUCCGGUUGGCGGAAUCCAGAAUUCUCUGGCCUCUGGGACAGGCCAGCCCGCAACUCCUUCCCUAAGCAACCCGAACCCCAUUGACCCCAGUUCCAUGCAGCGAGCCUAUGCUGCUCUCGGCCUGCCGUAUGGCAAUCAGCCGCAGGCGCCGUUGCAGCCACAAGUGCAAAACCAGCAGCCUGCCCAGCCUCAGACCCAUCAGCAAAUGAGGACCAUGAAUUCACUGGGAGCUAAUCCGAUGAAUCUUGCUGCCGGAGGAAUCGCAGACCAGCAAGCCAGCAUGAUUUCAGAAGCAGCACUUCCAGCGUCUCUUGGGGCAGCCAACUCCUUAAUGAACGAUGGCACAAAUUCUGGCAGUGUUGGAAAUCUCAGUAGCUCUUUGCCAACAGCUACGCCGCCUUCCAGUACUGGAGUGAGGAAAGCCUGGCAUGAGCACGUCACUCAGGAUCUACGCAAUCAUUUAGUACAUAAACUUGUGCAAGCCAUCUUUCCUACUCCAGACCCAGCAGCACUGAAGGAUCGCCGGAUGGAGAAUCUGGUGGCUUACGCAAGAAAAGUGGAAGGAGAUAUGUAUGAAUCCGCCAACAGUAGGGAUGAAUACUACCAUUUAUUGGCAGAGAAGAUCUAUAAAAUACAAAAGGAGCUAGAAGAAAAGCGGAGGUCUCGUUUACAUAAGCAAGCGAUCUUACAGGUCCCAGGGACUCAGCCUCCGGGCAUUCCACAAGUGGCAGCAACCAUGGGGCAGUCGCCACCCGUGCGACCUCCCAAUGGGCCGAUGUCCGUGCCGAAUGUGCCUAUGAGUCGAAUGCAGGUCUCGCAAGGGAAUGUCCAAAUGGCUCAAGCACCAAUGGGUCCCCGUACAGCUUCUCCAAUGAACCACCCCGUCCAGAUGAACAACGUGGGCUCUGUUCCAGUGAUGGCUAUGUCUCCUUCCCGGAUGCCUCAGUCACAAAACAUGAUGGGAGCUCAUUCCAACAACCUGAUGGGUCAGGCUUCCACCCAAAACCAGUUCCUGCCUCAGAAUCAGUUUCCUGCCUCCAGUGGAACUCUACAUGUCAACAGCGUAACCAUGGGGCAGUCGGCAGCACCGACGGGUAUAUCACAGCAGGGACAGGUUCCUGGUGCCUCCCUUCCCAACUCUGUGAACCUACUGGGGCCACAAAAUGCCCAGGUCUCAGCGCCUCCGGUCACUCAACCGCCCCUCCAUCAGCCUGCGCCGCCUCCUUCGUCUGUUGUGGCCGGCGUGCCGCCUGUUCAGCACCAGACCCCACCAGGACUGACUCCUCCCCAGCCAGCAGUGCCUGCCCAGCCAUCCACACCGGUCUCUUCGUCAGGGCAAACCCCCACCCCAGCGGCUGGCUCUGUUCCCAAUACGGCGCAGAUGCAAAGCACACCAUCGGGGCAAACAGCAGCACAGGCUCAAGUCACACCACAGCCUCAGACCCCUGUACAGCCCCCCUCUGUGCCAACCCCACAACCAUCGCAGCAGCAGCAGCAGCCCGCGUCAGCCCAGGCCCCUGCCACUCCACUGUCCCAAGCAGCAGCAAGCAUUGACAACAGGGUGCCCACCCCUGGCUCUGCUGCCAGUGCAGACGCCAGCAUCCAGCAACUUGGGCUGGAGGUGCAAAUGCCAGAGAGUAAGCCAGAAAUCAAGACUGAAAAAGCCGAGUCAGAGUGUGGUGAAGCACAAGUGGAACCAAAACCCGAGCUGGAGGAUGACGUACCAGGGUCUAUGCAAACCAAAGAAGAAACAAAUGGGGUAGAGAUCAAGCAGGAGCCGAUGGAGGUAGAAUUAAAGAAACCGGAAAUCAAGGAGGAAGAUGACAGUGGCAGCAAUGGUGCUGCGUCCCAGUCCACAUCGCCCUCUCAGCCACGGAAGAAGAUUUUUAAGCCAGAAGAGCUGCGCCAGGCUCUGAUGCCCACUCUGGAAGCUUUGUAUCGGCAGGACCCCGAGUCUCUGCCUUUCAGGCAGCCUGUGGAUCCUCAGCUCCUGGGUAUCCCGGAUUAUUUUGACAUUGUGAAGAAUCCCAUGGAUCUUUCCACAAUUAAACGCAAACUGGAUACAGGGCAGUACCAAGAGCCCUGGCAAUAUGUGGAUGAUGUCUGGCUCAUGUUUAAUAACGCCUGGCUUUAUAACCGCAAGACGUCGAGGGUCUAUAAAUUUUGCACUAAGCUCGCCGAGGUCUUUGAACAAGAAAUUGACCCUGUUAUGCAGUCCUUGGGAUACUGUUGUGGACGCAAGUAUGAAUUUUCUCCGCAGACCUUGUGCUGCUACGGCAAACAACUCUGUACGAUUCCCCGGGAUGCCACCUACUACAGUUACCAGAACAGGUAUCACUUCUGUGAGAGAUGUUUCACUGAAAUCCAGGGGGAAAACGUUACCCUGGGUGAUGACCCUGCCCAGCCGCAAACAACAAUCUCAAAAGAUCAGUUUGAGAAGAAGAAAAAUGAUACACUAGAUCCAGAGCCCUUUGUUGAUUGCAAAGAAUGUGGCCGAAAGAUGCAUCAGAUCUGCGUACUACAUUAUGAUGUUGUGUGGCCUUCAGGCUUUGUGUGUGACAACUGCUUAAAGAAAACUGGCCGAACACGCAAAGAGAACAAAUUCAGUGCCAAAAGGUUACAGACCACCCGCUUAGGAAACCACUUGGAAGACAGAGUCAACAAAUUUUUGCGGCGUCAGAGCCAUCCAGAAGCUGGGGAGGUCUUUGUACGGGUUGUAGCCAGUUCAGAUAAAACAGUGGAAGUCAAGCCGGGAAUGAAAUCCAGGUUUGUAGAUUCACGCGAGAUGUCUGAGUCCUUCCCCUACCGAACAAAGGCUCUCUUCGCUUUUGAAGAGAUCGACGGUGUGGACGUGUGUUUCUUUGGCAUGCACGUGCAAGAGUAUGGGUGGGAUUGUCCGCCCCCCAACACUAGGCGUGUGUACAUCUCCUACUUAGAUAGUAUCCAUUUCUUCCGGCCACGAUGCCUCCGGACGGCUGUUUAUCAUGAAAUCCUUAUUGGGUAUCUGGAAUACGUCAAGAAACUGGGGUAUGUGACCGGCCAUAUCUGGGCCUGCCCACCGAGUGAGGGUGACGACUACAUCUUCCACUGCCACCCUCCUGAUCAGAAAAUCCCCAAGCCCAAGCGCCUGCAGGAAUGGUACAAAAAGAUGCUGGACAAGGCGUUUGCGGAGAGGAUCAUUCAUGACUACAAGGACAUCUUCAAACAAGCCACGGAGGACAGGCUGACAAGUGCCAAGGAACUGCCUUACUUUGAAGGUGACUUUUGGCCGAACGUGCUUGAAGAAAGCAUCAAGGAGCUGGAACAAGAGGAGGAGGAGAGGAAGAAGGAAGAGAGCACAGCGGCCAGCGAAACCACUGAGGGGAGCCAGGGGGACAGCAAGAACGCCAAGAAGAAGAACAACAAGAAGACCAACAAGAACAAGAGCAGCAUCAGCAGAGCCAACAAGAAGAAGCCCACCAUGCCCAGCGUCUCCAACGACUUGUCUCAGAAGCUCUACGCCACCAUGGAAAAGCAUAAGGAGGUCUUCUUUGUCAUCCACUUGCACGCCGGCCCCGUCAUCAACACCCUGCCCCCCAUCGUGGACCCCGACCCGUUGCUGAGCUGCGAUCUGAUGGACGGCCGGGAUGCUUUCCUCACGCUGGCCCGGGACAAGCACUGGGAGUUCUCUUCGCUGCGGCGCUCCAAGUGGUCCACGCUGUGCAUGCUGGUGGAGCUGCACACCCAAGGGCAAGACCGCUUCGUCUACACCUGCAAUGAGUGUAAACACCAUGUGGAAACCAGGUGGCACUGCACCGUCUGCGAGGACUACGACCUCUGCAUCAACUGCUACAACGCCAAGAGCCACGAGCACAAGAUGGUGAAGUGGGGCCUGGGCCUGGACGACGACAGCCACAGCCAAGGCGAGCAGCAGUCGAAGAGCCCCCAGGAGUCGCGCCGCCUCAGCAUCCAGCGCUGCAUCCAGUCCCUGGUGCACGCCUGCCAGUGCCGCAACGCCAACUGCUCGCUGCCCUCCUGCCAGAAGAUGAAGCGGGUGGUGCAGCACACCAAGGGCUGCAAGCGCAAGACCAACGGGGGCUGCCCGGUCUGCAAGCAGCUGAUCGCCCUCUGCUGCUACCACGCCAAGCACUGCCAAGAGAACAAGUGCCCCGUCCCCUUCUGCCUCAACAUCAAACACAAGCUGCGCCAGCAGCAGAUCCAGCACCGCCUGCAGCAGGCGCAGCUGAUGCGCCGCCGGAUGGCCACCAUGACCACCCGCACCGUGCCGCAGCAGAGCCUGCCCUCUCCUACCUCAGCCACACCGGGGACCCCCACGCAGCAGCCCAGCACCCCGCAGACCCCGCAGCCGCCCCCCCAGCCCUCCCCCGCCAGCAUGCCCCCCGCCGGCUUCCCGAGCGUGACAAGGACUCAGCCUCCCCCGCCGCCGCCGCCCAUUGCCGGCGGCAAGCCCGCUGCCCAGGUGGCCGCCCCCCCGCCGCCCGCCCAGCCUCCCCCGGGAGCCGUGGAAGCCGCCCGGAAGAUCGAGAUCGAGGCUGCCCAGCAGCAGCAACAGCAGCAGCAGCAGCAGCUCUACAGGGUCAGCAGCAACGGCCUGCCGCCUGUCCGUCCGGGCCUGGUGAGCCCGGCUGUCGGCACGGUGAACCCCAUGCAGCAGGUGGGCCUGAAUGUCGCCCGGCCGAGCGGCCCAGUGAUGCCCAGCGUGCAGCCCGGCCCGUGGCAGGCGGCCCCCAUGGCCCAGCCGCCGCCUCUGCCGCCCGGCAUGCCCCGGCCGGUCAUGCCCAUGCCCGCCCAGCAAGCGGUCGCGGGGCCCCGGCUGCCCGGCGCCCAGCCGCCUGCCCGCAACAUCCCGCCCAACGCGCUGCAGGAGUUGCUGCGGACCUUGAAAUCCCCCAGCUCCCCGCAGCAGCAGCAGCAGGUGCUCAACAUCCUGAAAUCCAACCCCCAGCUCAUGGCCGCUUUUAUCAAGCAGAGAACAGCCAAGUACGUCGCCAGCCAGCCUGGCCUGCAGCCCCAGGCCAGCCUCCAGCCCCCGGCGGCCCUGCAGCAGCCGCCGCCCCCGCCCGCAGGCCUGCACGCCCAGCCCGGCUUGCAGAAUCUGGCGGGCGGCCAGCGGCCAGGGGGCCCUCCCCCGCAGCCAGGCAUGGGGGGCCUCAACGCGCAGGGCCAAGCCCUCAAUCUCAUGAACCCGGCCCACAACCCGGGCAUGGCCAACAUGAGCCAGUACAAGGAGAUCUUGAGGCGGCAGUUGCUGCAGCAGCAGCAGCAGCAGGGAGGGGCCGGGCUGGCCGGCCACAAUCAGUUCCCGCAGCCCCCGGGCCUGGGCGGCUACUCGCAGGCCAUGCAGCAGCAGCAGCAGCAACAGCGCCUCCAGCAGCAGCAUCUCUCCAUCCAGGCGGGGGCGAUGGGCCAGCUGGCUCAGAUCGGACAGCUGAACCCGAUGGGGCAGCCGGGCAUCGCGGCGGACGGCAGCCCCAACCUCCAGCAGGCCCUGCAGCAGCGGAUCCUGCAGCAGCAGCAGCAGCAGCAGCAGAUGAAGCAGCAGCUGGGCUCCCCGCCGGGCCAGCCCAACCCCAUGAGCCCCCAGCCGCACCUGCUCUCAGGACAGCCCCCGGCGCCUCACCUCCCCGGCCAGCAGAUCGCGGCCUCCCUCGGCAGCCAGGUGCGCUCGCCAGCGCCGGUCCAGUCACCCCGGCCCCAGUCCCAGCCGCCACAUUCCAGCCCGUCCCCCCGGAUACAGCCCCAGCCCUCCCCUCACCACGCCUCGCCGCAGACUGGCUCCCCGCACCCGGGCCUGGCGGCGACCAUGGCUAGCUCCAUGGAUCAGGGACACUUGGGCAACCCGGAACAGAGUGCAAUGCUCCCCCAGCUCAACCCCCCCAACAGAAACGUGUUGCCCAGCGAAUUGUCCCUGGUUGGCGACACUACAGGAGGAGACACGCUCGAGAAGUUUGUGGAGGGCUUGUAGCAUUGUGGGGGUGUGGCGGUGGCGCCCCUGGACCUCUUGGACUGAAAACGCAGACCUCUAGCUGGAGUGCAGCCCGCGGUGGGACUGGUUCUUCUUGACGCCCGUGGAAGGAUGAAUUGCUGUUUAAAAAAAAAUACAAAGAAUAUAUAUAUUUUUUGUUAACGCCAACCCGGUGUGGAUAAAAUCUGGGGUAUCUCUUUCUUUUCUUUUUCUUUUUUUCUCCUUCCUUUCCUUGGUGGUGUUGUGGGGUUGCUUUUCUUGGGUUUUAGUUUUGUUGUUACUGUUGACUUUGCUUUUUUAAAGGGGAAAACAAGUCCAUUUUAUUCAUAUUUUUAUUUGUACUUUCGAGACUAAGCAUUUGCGUUUAACAAGAGAAAUAACAUUCAGAAACUGUUUCCUGAAAUAAUGCAACAUUCUGAUGUAUCCUGCUAACUUUCUGACAUGUGGCAACAGGAUUUUUUCCCCUAUUCUAUACUGAACUCUGCAGAUAUCUGAAGUAUUAUUACCCCUGGAAAAGAUUGGAACUGACUCUUGCGCCUGUACGCGCACACAAAAUAUUGCAGAUAUACAGAUCGCUGCUUUGUUUCUCUGAUAAAGCCGGUUUUAGAUUCCAAACAAAACUAGGGAUGAUUCCUCUUAGGCUGUGCUCAUUUUAAUAGGGAAGAAGCAUAUUCUUUUCUUUAAUUCUUUGAUGUGAAACUUGAAAUGAGGAAAAGCAAUUAUAGUGUAAAUCAUGGAAGCUCUAGAAUUACUAUAAAUAUGAAAAAUUCAAGAAGAUUCAAUCACUGUAUAGAACUGGGGGAAGAGCAAACUCAUUUCUUACUUCUCUAGCAUAUUGGUAAAUAAACUGUGUGCAACAGACAAAAAGGGUGGUCCUUCUUGAAUUCAUGUACAUGGUAUUAACUCGUAGUGUUUGGAUUUUUUGUUAGGAAAAAUGCUGUUUUCAACAUUGUAUUUGGACUAUGCAUGUCUUUUUCCAUUGUAUAUAAAGUAUUGCUUAAAAGUGAUAUAAAUUACGGAAGUUUUUAACAUGUAUUCUGUUCUUUAAAAUCCAUGUAAGAAUGUUUAAGGUUUUUAUUUAUUUAUAUAUAUUUUGGAUCAUGUUCUUUGUAAAACACAGCUAACUACUCACUCAGUACACGGAUCCAGCCAGGCAGUGUCUUUCAACCCUAGGAAAAGGAUGGGGGGGGGGGAACAGCCCUCGAUUUCUCUUCAAGUUACUAUUUUGAGAUGUUAAUUCACAAGAGUUAACUGGAAUAAAUUAUUAACUGUG